AGAUCCCCAAAUGGCUGAGUGGGUCCCUCCUGAGGAACAGUCCUGGCAAGUUUGAACAGGGAGAACAGAAGUACAGACACUGGUUUGAUGGCAUGGCUCUCAUCCACAAGUUUCACAUUCAGAAUGGAGAUGUGACAUACCAGAGUAAGUUCCUACGCAGCGAUGCGUACGUACAGGGACUGGAACAGAAGAGGAUCGUCAUGUCAGAGUUUGGCACAACUGCCUACCCUGAUCCCUGCAAGAGCAUCUUCUCCAGGCUGUUCUCCUAUUUCACCCCCAUGUCCAGACCCAGGACAGACAACGGGAACGUCCAUUUGAUGCAGGUUGGGGAGGAGUACUACGCACACACUGAACUCCCGUACAUACGCAAAGUGGAUCCCAGAACCCUGGACUCUGGCAAGUUGAAGGUGGACUACCAGAAGUACGUGGCAGUGAAUGGAGCCACUGCACACGCUCAGAAUGACACAGACGGAACCGUGUACAACAUGGGAACGACCUACGGGAAGAACGGGGGGUACUGUCUCAUCAAGAUCCCUCCUCCUGAUAAGGGUGAAGUAGAGAACCCCCUCCAGAAAGCCUCCAUCAUCGCCAAGAUCCCCCAGAAGUAUGGCGCCUUCCCAAACUACUUCCACAGCUUCGCCAUGACGGAGAACUACUUUGUCUUCGUGGAGCAGCCGUUUUACCUGAACGUGCUGAAGAUCAUGGCAGGUCCCAUCUUUGGCUACGGUGUGGACUGGGCCUUCCAGUUUCACAAGGAGAUUCCUACCCAGUUUCAUGUGAUAGAAAAGGCCACAGGGAAGAUCCGGACCACUAAGUACACAGCAGACGCCAUGAUGACAUUCCACCACAUCAACGCCUACGAAGACAAUGGACACCUGGUCAUGGACCUGUGUGCCUUCGCCAAGAUGGAUGCCGUCUUCCAGUUUUACCUGCACAACCUGCACACCUGGUCCAAGGAGGAGGCCAACGCAAAGCUGGGAGACACCGACAACUACAUCGCCAGAUUUGUCCUUCCUCUUAAUGUUCCUGAGGACAUUCCUGAUGAUGAGAAUCUGGUGAAGCUUUCUGGCACCCUGGCCUCGGCCAUCAGAAAGGAUGACUCCAUCUACUGUGUGCCAGAGAUCCUCACUGAUGCAAACUUUGACCUGCCCAGAGUUAACGAGAGGUACAAUGGGAGGAAGUAUCGCUACAUCUAUGGAACAGACGUUUACGUUUGUCCUUUCAGACUGGUGAAGGUGGAUACAGAGACCAAAGAGAAGAUCUACUGGUCUGAGGAGAACUGUUACACUGCAGAACCUGUGUUUGUGGAGGCACCUAACCCCACCUCAGAAGACGAUGGUGUUGUGCUGUCUGCUGUUAUAAGGGCGGGCGAGGGGAAGUCCACCUGCUUCCUGCUGGUCCUGGAUGGGAAGACCUUCACUGAGCUGGGCAGGGCUGAGCUCUCCCAACCCAACAAAGUCCCCAUGCAGACCCACGGGAUCUAUGUGGCCAACAUGUAGACUGGCUACAGUCUGUAACAACUGUAAUCAACUGUUCAACUUCAGUUAAACUGUUCAGAGCCACAAGGCCACA